CAUGAAUAGAUUGGUGAAAGGUCCUCUAUUUAAUGAUAAAAGUAUUGUCAACUUUGUAUAAUGUAUUAUGUAGGACAACAAACUGUUGAGUUGGGUUGGGACUACAUUUGAGUUGAAUUGACUCUUCCAAAUUCGUCUAGAAGCAUAGCCCCCAAAACAAAAAAUGAAGUGGAUCAUCGUUUCGCGGUUUACAAACGUGCAAGUUACCUAAAUUAGCAGUAUGCAUAACAUUAUAAUAUAACAAGUUUACUACUCUUGGUAUCAGCAGAUGCCACAUUCUACAGGUUCCCUUGUCUUGAGUUCAAACCCUAUCGUACUUCUGGGAUAAUAAGAAUUUAUCUAUUUUCUGACCCAAAAACGAGGAUUUCGUAUCUAUAUAGUGCUGAAAACCACAGGAUACAUGAAUGAGAAAGAACGAUAAAUGGUAGUGUCCAUAUGCAAUCAGAUUAUCAAUGGAAGAACUUGUUUGUCACUAAGUGGAUAUAGCUCCGUUACAACUCUCUGAAGAGUAAAAGACGUAAGCGAAACGAGAAAGAAGCAUACAUGAUACAAACUUCUUUCAUCCUGAAGAACCUCUCCGAGAAAUCAACAAAUUGAAAAAUGUAGCCGGAUGUUAGCCAAUGAGGCACCCCCUAGACCAUGAGUCGGAUCUCUCUAGCCCGAGAAACUUUCGUGAAAGUGUUCAAACAGGAAAGCAAACUAACCGAACUCACGAAACAAAGCCAAACAAAAUGGACCCUAACUAAGAACUACAAAUACAUCAGAACAUAUAGAACACACCUGCCGUACUUGUGGUGUCGUCUGAAUUUCGAAUAAUACACAUACAUAAAAAAGUAUAAAACAAAUCUAAGUGAAACAAGUCCGCCCAUAUUGUUGUUAUUGUAGUAAAUGAAAAUUAAAAUCACUAAGGGGUCGUUUGGAUGCAGGAAAUUUGAUAUAAAAUCUCUCAUUUAAAAUACCAGGAAAUUUAAAUGUAGGAUUUAACCGUAAUAACUCGUUUGGAUUAAGCCCAGGGAUUUCAACCAAAAAUGUUAAAUUAACCUCAUCUCUCAUCUUUGGAUUCCCCGUCUCUCAUCUUUGAGUUCUUCCCCACGGUCAUUGACCAGUGACCUUCUUUGAAUAAGCCAGCUAUUGUGCCAUAGCACCCAAUAACAUCGACUGAACAAGAAGAAUCAAAGCUUUCGUAGAUGGCGAGAAGUGAAGGAGGCGAGAGAGAGAACGAUACACAAAUUGGAUGGAAAUGAAAUUGGGAUCCAGAGGAGAUUGGGGACGGAAGAAGGGGGAUUUCUGGGUUCAUCGAGCAUCAUCGCCAUCGUUGGAUUCUCCCAAUAGCAUCGCCGCCAUUUCAGUUCUGGAUGCCAGAACCCAGAGUGGAACUUUUCCCCAUUACAGGCUUCCAUCCACACCGUCGUUUCUCCAUUGAUACUAAGAAGCCAGAUCUGUUUCGCGGAGAUGGUGGUGAUGUAGUUCCAUGGCAGAGACCCCUGAGGAGAGGAGUCAGUGACGCCGGCCACUGCUCAGAAGAGGUACAGUCGCAGGAAGGAAGAAGAGGACGAGAGUGAUAACCGGGAUGGGAAGGAAGAAGAAAUCGCCAUCGAAGGUUAAUUAUGGACAAAUGGAAAAUAAAAUGAGAGAUUUUAAAAUCCUGAAUGUCCCAAAUCUUGCAAAGCUCUUUCCAAACGAGUGACUUUGUUAAAAUCUGGCAUAAUGAGAGAUUUUAAUAAAAUCCCUCAUCUAAAUCCUUAAUCCAAACGACCCCUAAAAAACAUGUACUAGUCCAUUUUUAAUAAGGAUGACAAUUCCUACCUGAGAAAUAAUGGUAAAGAAAACAAUCAUUAACAUUAAUUAGGCAUUUAAUCAGGAAGUUAGCAAUGGAAACCUUCAACAUCCACAUUUUCUAUUGUUCAUUAAUGUAUAAACUAAAUAGGUUUAAAUUUCUUCAUGUUAAUUUCUUCUAAAGAGUUGUAUCGUCUCAUUCCCAUGUAAAUGAGAGUACAAUUGUGUUUCCCUUUGAGAUGGUAUUUCACAUCUGGCAUGAAGAAUUAUUGGAUUCCAUAUAUUGACCGACCCGGUCCACGGUCACCGGCCGGUUGACGUCUUCCGAUUCUUUGGAAUGUCGGAAUUAUGGUUUCUCUUUACUACAUGCUUUUGCUGAUGCAGGACCGGUUCUAAAAUUCUAUUUCUAAUGCAUACUUUCCAAAAUUCCCUGCCCCGUAAAUUACCCUCUUCUGGUAUCGCGGAAUACACUUCCAUUUUUGUAUCUAAAAAACAAGUACGUGAUAUGUGACAGUCCUGCACCGCUAGUGGCGGAGAGCUAUAAUUUCACCGAAAAUGGUCCACCGAUCGAAUAAAAUAGAAACAACAAUUGAAUGUGUAGCAAAACUAGUACAUAAAGUUUGCCACUUAUUCCAAUAGCUAAUUAUGCAGCUCAUAGUGGAGACAACUUUUCAAACCUUGUAGAGUUGUAGUUGUGGACUUGUUGUGGCAAUGCUAACCCUACCACUUCCUUCAAAAGGAAAAACAAAGUAAUGACGGAUAUAGAUAACGCAUGAUUUCAUUCGGACAGGCGAGGACUUGGUUACCAACCUAAGAUGGAAAAGGAAGAAAGUUCCACAGUUUAGGCAUGAAUUUCCACAUAUUUUGUAAGACCAAAUUCUACAAAGUUAAACAAGGAGAAAAGUCCCAAAAUUUGGGUCCUUUUAGUGGGCAUUUGCUAUGUUCAAUCAAAAUGAAACCAAAAAUCCUAACGUCUCGAAUGCUUAAUAGAAUUUGAAAUAUGAUUCGAUUUGACAAAGACCGAACUGAUUAUAGUGCGAUUCGGUUUAGUAUUACGCGAACAAAUCCAUAAAACUUAGGGUUGUGCUGGGAGUUUUUUUUAAUUCAUUUCAGAAUAGUACGAAUUGAUCACCGAGCAACUGAACUUAAGCCGAGGAUUUUCGAGUCGAGAAGCUUGUGUGUUCAGUGAGUAGAAAUGUAGAAUUGUCCGUCCGGUUGGGUUCAGGUUCACUAAACGCGCUGACAAGGGACCAGAUGUACAUGGGCGCUGGGCCGUGCUUGGGCCGGCACGGCACGGGCACGAUUCGGGCCCAUUUAUUUCGUGCCGUGCUUGGCACGGCCUGUUAGUUUUCGUGUCGUGUCAUGCAAGCCCAUUUGUUAACUUUGCUAGGCCCGGCCCAGGCCCGGGCACGGUUCGAAUCGUGCCGUGCCUAUUCGUGCUUGUGUCAUGCUCAUAUUCGUGUUUGAUGAAAAAGACGAAAACAAAAGAGAUAAUGAAAAAGAAGGUGAAAAUAGGACGGAGGAAGAUAGUAUUAACCGAUAAUGUUUGAGAAAAGUAACAAAUAAGGGGGGAAAGAAAACUGGAAGUAUAGCGAGUGUGAUUUGACUUUGUUUAAUUCUUUGUCCAUUUUUACUUAUGUUAGUAAUUACAUAUAUAUCUUUAUGACAUUUCUAACAACAACAAAUAAUUAUUUUUCUCCUUAUGUUUUGUAAUAUUUGAACCUAUAAUUCUUUUUAUAUUUAUUUUCUAUAAAAUAAAUAUUAUUUUUGUGC